CAGACAUGGUGUUGUGCUGUUUGGACUCUCCCAGGGUGGAGCAGUGGGUGACGCAGGUGUCAAAACCAGCACAUCUGCUCGUGAAACGGCCAAAAUACUGCCGGGCCAGCAUGUGUUUUUACUGCCCACCGUCCCGCUUGACUUUUUCCACAUGGCGGCGGCGUUGGCCGGUGGGAGCGUCUGGCGAAACAUCUGGACGGAGCAUGGGAACGAACGCGAAUGGCGCCCGCUGCCGCCAUGCGGGCCUCAAACGAGCUGCCAGGUGGUCUCUUCUCACAACUCCGCAUUCUUUCGUGAUCAUGGGAAAUGGCGUUAUACCGAGAUAUAAGAAUAAGAAUGUAACAAAAAAAUAACUUUCCCACACUCACAGCCCUCUAAACUCAUUUCAACUUAUUAAAACACAUUUACACUCAAGAAAACAAACUUUGUAAGUAUUCCUUAGCACUUGUUUUCACUCUCACUGUCAAGAAAUGGGAGACUGUCGUAUAACAUCACAAGGAACUACUGUAUGUUGAAAUGAUUUGAGGAGCUUCACUUAGACAAAAGUAGUGUUUUGCCAUCAUCUUGGUGCCAAUGUUGAAGUGAGUUGAGUAUGUCUAUUGCGACAAAGUGCCACCUCAUGGCAUCAAUAAACAAUUAGAAACCUUUUUUUUGGAGCGGGCAUCAAUUACUUGCCGAUUUUGGCUAGCCGCAGUAGGGCUCGGUCGCUAUCCUCGGCCAUUAGCGGUGGAACGCUCGCGCGAAACGCCAUCGACGGGCUAAUGGGAAUUAGCACGGGCGUUAUGGUAAUUCGAAACCUUCAAACUAGCGCAACUAUAGCACACACGGAGCAGCAACACACACACGAGCAGAGCAUACAACGAUACUCGCAGGCACAUGCCGUAUGCGUUUGUGUGUGCACGCAGGCAAUGUCACCUUGACUACAAGCUAGAGGAGGCGAUGAGGAUGCAUCUGUGCGCUGGACAGCGGAGAGAGAAAGAGAAGAGCGUCUGAUAGUGUGCGUGCGUGACAAAUAACCGAGGAGGAAUAGCGAGGAGGUGCGGGCGCUCCCGGGAAGAUCGAGCAGCGACCGGAGAUUCACCCGCCGCCGACAUGUCAGCGCACUCAGUGGCCUUCCUGCAGCCCCUUUUUGAAAGCGAAGGCAUUGUUUUCCCACACCAAGACACUGAGAGCCAUGAGGAAGGCGAGUACUUCCUGAAGGUUCUGAUCCCCAGCUACGCGGCCGGCUCCAUCAUCGGCAAAGGCGGACAGACCAUCGUCCAGCUGCAGAAGGAGACCGGAGCCACCAUCAAACUGUCCAAAUCCAAAGACUUCUAUCCCGGCACGACCGAGCGGGUGUGUCUGGUUCAGGGCACGGUGGAGGCGCUCAACGGCGUCCACGACUUCAUCGCAGAGAAAGUACGAGAGAUGCCGCAAAGCAGCCAGAAGUCCGAACCCGUCAGCAUCCUGCAGCCGCAGACCACCGUCAACCCUGACCGCAUCAAACAGGCCAAGCUGAUCGUGCCCAACAGCACGGCGGGCCUGAUCAUCGGCAAGGGCGGCGCCACCGUCAAGGCGGUGAUGGAGCAGUCGGGCGCCUGGGUGCAGCUGUCGCAGAAGCCCGAAGGCAUCAACCUGCAGGAGCGCGUGGUCACCAUCAGCGGCGAGCCCGAGCAGAACCGCAAGGCGGUCGAGAUCAUCGUGCAGAAGAUCCAAGAGGACCCGCAGAGCUCGUCCUGCCUCAACAUCUCCUACUCCAACAUCACCGGGCCCGUGGCCAACUCCAACCCCACCGGCUCGCCGUACGCCAACUCGGCCGAGGUCAUGCCGGCGGCGGCGGCGGCGGCGGCGACCGCCUCUUCGCUCCUAGGCCAGGCGGGGCUGGCGGGGGUGGGCGCCUUCCCCACCACCGUGUCCAGCCUGUCGGGCAACGACCUGCUUACCAUCACGUCCGCCCUCAACACGCUGGCCAGCUACGGCUACAACACCAACUCUCUGGGGCUCGGGCUCAACCCGGCCGCCGCCUCGGGGGUCCUCGCCGCCGUGGCCGCCAACGCCAACCCGGCCGCCGCCGCCGCCGCCAACUUGCUGGCAUCCUACGCCAGCGACGCGUCCACCAGCGCCGCCCACCAGGCGGCGGGGCUGGGCGGCUUCUCCUUGGGCUCGCUGGCCGCCGCCACCGGGGCCACCAACGGCUACCUGAGCGCCGCUUCGCCCCUGGUGGCGUCCUCGCUCCUGGCCACCGAGAAGCUAGCGGAGAGCGCCAAGGAGGUGGUGGAGAUCGCUGUGCCCGAGAACCUGGUGGGCGCCAUCCUGGGCAAGGGCGGCAAGACGCUAGUGGAGUAUCAGGAGCUGACGGGCGCCCGUAUCCAGAUCUCCAAGAAGGGCGAGUUCAUCCCGGGAACCCGGAACAGGAAGGUGACCAUCACCGGAUCGCAGGCGGCCACCCAAGCGGCGCAGUACCUGAUCAGCCAGAGGAUCACCUACGAGCAGGGGGUGCGUGCCACCAACCCCCAAAAGGUGGGCUAACCCACCGUGCCCACGAGGAAUCACGAGAGGGAAGAGGAGAGGAGAGCGUCCCCACCAUAUACCCCGCCCCCCCCCCCACCCACCUCGGCAUCGUCUUCUCAGUACCCGUCCCGUCCCCCCCCCCAAAAAAAAGAAGUGCUGAGACGACAAAAACAUGUAAAAUGUAAAUAAGUUUUAUUACUUAACGUCUUUAUGGACUUUUUAUUCCUUUUUGUUGCGUAAAUUAAGAUGUUUGUUUGGUUUGUGUACUGUGGACAGGCUGAAUGACAGGAAGUAGGGGAGGGGAGGGGAGGCACCCCCCCCCCCCCCCCCCCCGAGCCUCCUCCCCACCUCCUGCAGGGUUUUUCUUGGUUCAGUUUGCCCAUCCCCCUUUUCAGCCCUCGUGAGGGUUCCACGACUGCAAAGGUGUGCGUGUGACGGAACAAACGCACCCCGAAUCCCGGCCCGAACCCCCCCCCCCCCCCAGCCCACCCCAAAUCCCACCCCAAAUCUUCCGUCCCAUGUUGAUGACCUCAUGCAGUGAGCGUGAUGACAUCAUCGCUAUUUAAUCCUAUCCAGAGGAGUUGAAUGUAAAUGUUUUAAUUUAAUGUUUUUGGACUGCAGAUGAAUGCUAACGCCACAUAGUGUAAUAUAUGUCUUAUUUAAGCCGGGUGGGCACCUAUGUUUGAGGUCCCCUUGUUAGCGGCCCAAAUUACCCUCCCCCCCCCCCCCCCCCCACCCCCCUCACCCUAUCCUGACCCGGUUUAUCCUCCCUGGCGCCCGCUAACACGUAAAACGGAGUCCCUGCUGGUAAACGCACUUGGGACUAACUACUGAAAAACAGGCGGCGAGGGUGGCAGAGUUCAAAGGUUACUGGCGUGCUAUUUUUGUGUUAUUUUUUUUGUGCUGUUUUUUUUUUUUGUUUGUUUUUUUUGUUUUUUUUACAGUCUGAGUACACUGAAUUGUUGUCUUAAUGCACUGUGAAGUGAGGGGACGCAACUGGACGACUUUUUUGUAUGGCAGGGAACACUAACGAAUAUGAAAUAUCAGUUAUUAUAUAUGAAUAUUCCGCUUUAGAAGGCAUACGGAGAGCCGGUCGUCAAUCGAGAAAGCGUGGGCCGUCCGGCGGGGGGCGUCGAGAGCGGGGGGGCCGACUUUGCCUUCAUCAAUAGGACUUCCCCCCCGCGCCGUCGCGCGUACUUCCGGGUGGCAAACGACGCAGCUGCGGGAACCGCACGAGAAAAAGGUUCGCUCCGAUGAAGGUUGGCGUCUUCUUCUGCCGUUUGAACGUGCGGGCGUGUCAGCGGAAAAGUUGACGUUCCGUGAGGUCCGCGGAACGCCGGCUGUAAUUUACAUUUCGACAGGUACGUUGACUCAAAAACGCGCCUGAUGGAAAUGGAGACGGCGUUAACGUUAACCCUUUCACUGCCAGACGUUUUCACAGCAGCUUCCCACUUUGCCGGCCGUUUUCGAGCAUCUUUUCAGAGCCACACAAUAUUUAUUGGCUUCUGGGAGAAGGCGAGCACCAAACUACCAAAAGAAAGAGUUGAUCAUCUUUCGUUUUUUUGCUUUUUCUGGAAACUUGUUUGAAGAUACAAUAUUUUAAGAAUCUUUAAGAAGAAGUCAGUUCUUACUCGUUCCAUUGGCAGAUUUUGGGGGGAAUUUAUUUUGGGGACAAACCAAAACCACAAAAAAAAAAACAUUUUGGGGAAAAGCCAACGUAAAUAUUUUGUAUUUUUGUGAGACCUCAAAUUGUAAAACAACAAAAGUAGGCAGGAAGGGCUUUUAACAGCAAAAUAGUCCUUUAUUGGCAGAUAUCCAACCAAGAAACGCACCGUGAGCGACGCUGACUCACCGCCCGGCUCGAUUUGAACGUCAGAAACGACUUCCAACGUGUCGGCGUUUUUCUCCCACGUAAUUGACGUGACGAGCCGAGGUUCGCCGCCUCCUCUUGAUCUUCCACGUAAAAGCUGCGCUGACUCCAAUCCGACGCGCCGCCGCCAUCUGCGGGGGUCUGAUGGUCAUUACAGUGGCUUACAAACCCAAAUUUCACAAAGAUGCCGGGCGAGACCCUCUUCCAUUUAUCCCCCUGACCCAAAGGUUGCGUUGGAUUCAUGUCGAUUUAUUUUUUUGUUUUGAAAUCUGGAAGCGUAACCUCAGCGGUAGUCGCUCACUUUCCUGCCACCCGGAAGUACCGUAGCGCCUGUUGUUUACAAGCAUUCGAAAAAGGCUCUUCUUGAAGUGAAUGUCAAAUGUCAGCAGCGGGGGUGCGUUGGAUUCAUUCUCCCCGCCGAGCCUGCCCGAGUGGGGACUCCGCUCCUUCCUCUUUGGAAGUUUUGUCUUUCGGCGGCGGCGCCGGGCCGGCGAGGCUCCCUGGUAAGGAGGCUUCUUUACUCCAUCUUUAACUUCAUCCUCACGCAACCCCCCCCCCCCCCCCCCCACACACACACACACACACACACAUCCCGACGCCGCCUCCCACGACUCCCUACCACAUCGCUCCAUGGGCGGCGGCCACGAUGCAUGCCUCCUCUUCCUCGUCGUCGUCGUCGUCUUCUUCUUGUGCUGCUGCUGCUGCUGAGGAUCUUUGAGGAGUCGAGCAGGAGGUCCCACUCUUCUUCUCCUAGUUGUUGUCAUGGCGACCACGAAUGAGGAAUACAGUGAACCCCCGCAUAGUCGCACUGAGGUAUUCGCAGGUUUUUUGUGUUUGGUGCUCAGACCAAAGCAGCAAAAGUAUUACUUUGAUGGCAUCUCGGUGUCAAGGAACUAUGUUGAAGUGAGUUGACGAGGUUCAUUUAGACACAGAGUUCUGGUCCGCCAUCUUGUGGCAUCCUGGUGUCAAGGAACUAUGUUGAAGUGAGUUGAGGAGUUUCAUUUAGACAAAAGUAUCUUUAGGCAGUUCUAAAGCUUUUUCGGGGGGGCGUCAAUUACACGCGGAUCGUCUCGGGUUCACUGUAUUGACGACAUAUAUCGGCUUGAUUAGCAUUUUCAUUGGUCAGCGUGCAGCUUUGUGGACGUGCUGCGGGGGGCAGUGUUUUGCGUCCAUGGCGGGGAGGUGACCUUCUUCUUGAUUUCGUUUGACGACGAUGAGUAGCGGAAGCAAUACACGCGUCGUCUCGUCCCUUCCGCUUCCCUCGUCUCGACGCUUUUCCCCCCCCCCCCCCGACCGAUCGUAAACUUUUUGUUUUUGUAUCGGUGGAAAACGCUGCUCAGAAAUGCUAACUGAAAAACAAACAAAAAAAACAUAUCGAGCAUAAGUUUAAAGAAUAAAAAGAAGUCCUCCUCACACUUGUAAGUGGUCAAAAAGCUGUGCCAAAUAUUAUUUUUUUUUGAUAUCGCAGACGUACAGUACUUUUUAUACCAGGGAAAAUGUGAAAAAGUGCCAAAUGAAUGAAGCGUAUUCUAUAUCAAAAAGCGGGGAAGCGCCUUAUCAGUGUUAGCUCAGACGCUCCCACAAUGCAACAGUAGGCUGAAUCAAUUCAACUUAGCAUUAGCUUAGCAUUACCAUGCUGGAAUAGGGAGAGGAAAUAUAAUGUGAUUCCAUAGCAUUCUUAAACCUUUUUCUAGUCAAGAUGUGUUUUGUGGGAAUAGAUGUUAACCUUUUUGCACGUGUGUGUAUAUAUAUAUAUAUAUAUAUAUAUAUAUAUAUACAUAUAUAUAUAUUUUGCAUGACGUCAAGUGUGGACAAAAAAAAAACAUUAACGUGAGAAAAAAACAUUUUAGACGAUGUGUCGUUCAUCAUCAACUAAAACAUCAAACAAAUCCCGACAACAAACCCUGAAAGUCCCAAAUCAUGUUUUUUUUUAAUAAUGUGUGCGCUAACAUUGCUAACAUGGGAGCAACGUCCCUUUACUGCUCGGCCCACACGCCACAAUUUUUUUUUUUUUUUUUUUUCAGUUGUGAUAUACUUCGUGUCAGAUUCGCUGAAAAGAUGUUGAGAGAACAAAAUCAUUUGCACUAAUGAGGUGUAACGUAGCCUAACGACAAAUAAAACAAUACCUCAGAAGCUGAAAAAUUAGCGGGUCCACUUCGAGCCCGCAUUUCGUGUCGGAACCUUUGACACAGCAUAGCCGGCCGGGAAAAAAAACACAACGCAAAAUGUUCACGGUCAUCAUAUUCCUUGGCAAAAAUCCAUAUUUGAGUUCCGAUAAAGCAUCCCCUUGUCAAUUCACCCCCAAAAAAAGAUGUCUAAAAGAACAAAAAAAAUAAAAAUUACCUUUGCACUAACUGUCGAGUGGUAAGGGGCCGAGCGAGCUACGCCGAGUCGCUAGCAUGCUAAUAUGCUAACUAGAUGUUUGCGACAUUUUCACGAAAAAAAACACCCACUUUUUCUUUCCAUUACUUUCUAAUCUCACCGCACUUAUUAUGGGACCCUUUUCUGCCCCCACUCGCCACCAAUCACCUCACCCCAAAGUACCACUUUCAAACACCAGCAAUUGUCGACUGCAUUUGUCAUAUCACUGUUUUUCUUCUUCUUCUGUGGUUUAUUUUGCUGGCUUGUGGCCCACUAACUGACAAGAUGCCAUUUGUGUUUGUGUGUGUGUGUGUGUGUGUGUGUGUGAGAGAGAGAGAGUCGCCUGUUUACCCCCACAAACACACACGAGCCCCUUUCACACAGUUUUCGCAAAAAUCAGUGACAAUUUCCUCGGCCUGACUUACCCGCUAUCCCCUUACACACAGGCGGCAUCCCGGCAAAAGUUGGGGGUUUGAAGUCGAGUCAACCACGCAUUCUGUGUCGGUACCUUUCCCACAGUACUGUGAGAUGGGCAAAAAACUUAAGUUUGACAGUGCGAAAGGGGGGAAAUCGGUGUAACAGUGAGACUGAGUGAGCGGUCACAGAUAUUUCUUUGGAGGUUAAAAAAAUUUGCAGAUCGGGUUCAAUUCCUCCAUUCCUUGUCGGCACCUUUCACACACGACGGGAGCCAGGGGGGAAUAGAAUAAAAGAAAUACAUAUAAAACAUUUUUAAAAAUCCGGCUUUAACGUGCAGCGUAAAAGGGGCUACGAAAAUCGGCACAUUUGCGAGUCGACUUCAACACCCCCAUUCCGUGUUGUUACCGUUCCGCCGGGCAAAGUGAGAGUAAAGAAAAGUGCAAGUCUGCGUGAAAGGGGCUACAUUCACGCCCUCUUCUUUGCACUUCCACUGCCCCCCCCCCCCCCCCCCCCCCCACACACACACACUUUGCUCCUCUUCCGCCUCUUCUUGUGCCAAACUUCCGGAUGACGCCCCCCAACUCCCACCCCCACGCCAAAAAGGGCAUCGCCGAUCAUUCCGAGCUUUGCGUCGCUUUAAUGUCGGGACAGCCCGUGAAGCCAGCAUGCUCCGACCCCCCUUCAUCACAUGACGACUCCCCCCUCCCCACCACCCCCCCACCACCACCACCACCACUAUCACUACCACCACCCGCACCGCCCUGCACCACCUCCUCCUCCUCCUCCAGCAGGAUUAACCCGCCGUCCGUUGGUCCGGGCGACCGUCCGGUCCCGGCCUCUGCCCGUCCCCGCCAGCUGCUUCCUAACUCUUGUCAUGUUGUUUUUCAGCUGUGGAGCACCUCCUCAUUGAUCUUGUGCCAUAGUGUUGGGGGGCACCUGUCACCCCUUUUCUCACCCUUUUCUCUCUGUCACCUCUCUCGCUCCAUUUUGUUGUGAAGAAAAAAAAAACAAAAAAAAAGAUUGAAAACGCCCCAUUUUUUCUAAAGACGAACAUGUUUUUUGGAGCCAAUUUUCACCCCUUCCUCGUCGUCGUCGUCGUCGUCCCCCUCCACGCCACCACCCCUUGCUCGCUCGUUCAUGAACUUUAUUAUUGAUCUUCCUCCUCCUCCUCCUCUUCCUCCUGUGUUCAUCUUCAAUUGUCGGGACAAUAACUCUCCAUUCCAUAAAGUCCAAAAAAACCUCUGUGAGACUGUGCAAUGCUCGCUGAUAUGAUUCUUUUUUUUUUUUGGUUUCUUUUCUUGGUUUCUUUUCUUUGUUACGGAGACCCAGACGUGACGUGGGGGGGGGGGGGGGGGGGGGGGAAUGUUUAAUUGAGGCUGAGAUGUACAGUAGAUAUAACGUGUGCACAAAAAGCUCAUUUGUGCCCACGAAAUACUAAAUUGUGGCCACAAUUGACUCAUUUCUGGCCAAGAAUUUGUUAUAAUAGACGCACAACAUAUUCAUUUGUGUCCUCAAAAUUCUGAAACGUGGCCACGGAUGAAUCAAUUGGAGCCACAAAUGACUAACUCGUGUACACGAAAUACCAAUUUGUUAAGUCUAAUUCAAUUUUGUGUGGACAUUAUGAUGACUUUGUGGUCACAAUUUAGUCGUUUGUGAUCACAAAAUAUCGUGACCGCUAAAAUACUGAUUGGUUCAAUAUUAUUGAUUUGUAUUUUCGUGCAGACGUUGGCCACAGUUGAGUAUUUUGCAGCCACAAGGGAUCGUUUUGCGCCGCAAUGAAAACCCUUUUUCCGCACGUCACGUCUGGGGUUCCGUACUUUUGUGGCUCAUCAUCGGGGACUUAAAAAAAAAAAAAAAAAAAAAAUGAAAAAAGGGAAUUUAAACACAAAAAAAAGUUGCUUUUUCACCUUUUUUGUUGUCAUUGUAAAUAAUCUUCUUUGUGCAGGGCGGGGCAGCAUAAAGACUUUAGCUGUGCUCUUGUUAGUCGUGUUCGUCGUAGCUGCUGUAUUCCCCCCACCCCCCACCCCCGUUUAAGAAGUCCCCCGUCAGACAUAUCAAGUCGCUCGUUUUUAUUGUUUUUAUUUUGUAUUAUUUGUAUUUUUUUUGCUGGCUUGCGGCGCUGCUAACUUUGUGCAAUACAGUCGAGUUUCCAGCCAGCCAUCAGCACAUAUCCUCCUCCUCCACGCCAUCACAUGAUCAAAAGUAUUAAUAACGCCACUAGUGAUGAUGAUGAUGAUUUUUCAUUUCACCGCAUGGCUCUCUUUGACUUCCACCCCCGUGAUUUUAUGCUGCCCGUCGCCCCAUUUCCACAGACACACACGCACGCACACGCACACACACGCACACACUAGCUAUUUAUUUCCUAACUCAUUAAAAAUAACAAACGAGUCAAAAGGGAAUGACUGGAAGAAGAGAAAAUUUUGAUUUUUUUGUUUUUUUAGUAUCUUAGUAGGUGUUGCUUUUUAACACCGUUGAUGAGCUGACUUAAAAAAAAAAAAAAAAAAGAGUAUUGAAUAUUUAAUGUAACUGUAGCAUUGUGUUUGUAAAGAGACAAAAAAAAAAAAACCCUAGUGAGUUUGUGUUUGUUGACUUGUGGAUUACCAGUGAAGUGAAGGCCAUCUAGCGCUAAUAAUAAUAAUAUUAAUAAUAAUAAUAAUAAUAAGGACUAUUAUUAUUAUAUGAUAUAUGAGGUCAUUUUCUAAGGAUUCUUAUUUUGCCACAGCAACAGCAGUCAUUAUAAAUGUUCAUUUUAGCAUCACCUGUCUUCUGUUGUCUUAUUCUUCACCUCCCACCACACUCUGCAUCAUCACACUUUAACACAUCAGGGGCUGAUCAUGUGUGUGCGUGUGUGUGUGAGUGAGAGGGGCCGGGGGGUUUGGUGUGGGGGUGGGACGGGGGGGGGGGAGGGUUGUGUCCAGUGUCCACCAACAAGCUAAAACCAGUCAGGCUUCCAUAUCUCCUCAUGGAAGCUCCUGACGUCGUUAUAGCUGCCAACCAUGUGACCAUCAUGUGAUCUGACUCAGCUGACUGUCCAUAACCCCCCCCCCCCCCCCCCCCAACCACCCACCACCACCUUUUAAGUCACCUGACCAAACCAAAUCAACCAAUCACUGUCCUCCUCCACUGCCGCUGUACACCAUGUGAUGUUCUCCAUUGAUAACAUACUACUGUUUACUAGUGGCACCGUAUGCGCUCACGUGUCUGCGGGCCUGGGGAGGAACACGCCUUUGGACUUUGAAAGGACAACUUUACGGGACAAUAAGCGCCUUUGUCUAUGACCAUUGAAGGACAACAAUCAGCUCUCGUUAACAGCAUCGCCCUUAAAAGACGACAUUCAGCUCCAUUUAGCUCUUAAAGUACAACAAUCGCCUCCGUGUACGUCACCCCUACGUAUUUCCCUUUGACAAUAAUCGGCUGUAACUACUUUAAGGACAACAAUCAGCUUUGGGCGUGUCCCUGUAAGAAGAGCAAUCGGCUUAGUCUAAGCAUCAUUUGGGGAAAACAAUCGGCUCUGAUCGGUGUCAGUUGUUUGAGGUGUUGACAUUGACAUUGGGUCGCAGGCUGCAAAGGUCCGAACGUCAAUAAGAUGCCGCAAGGUUUUGACAAACUUUCCACUAAGCAAUAGACCCGUCCCCAAGAACCACAUCUGGCAACCAAAGACCAGACUCCGAUGUGCCCCCCCUGUGGUCCACGGCAGGUUGGAAAGUAACUCCUACCUCAGGUGGAGGAGUUUAAGCUUGUGUUCUCACUCAUAGUUAGGUACUCUGGUCCAGAGUUCACAAUUCAGCUCAAGUGAACCAAACUGGGCGGCACGGUGGGCGACUGGUCAGAGCGUCUGGCUCACAGUUCUGAGGACCCGGGUUCGAUCCCCGGCCCCGCCUGGGUGGAGUUUGCAUGUUCUCCCCGUGCCUGCGUGGGUUUUCUCCGGGCACUCCGGUUUCCUCUCACAUCCCAAAAACAUGCAUGCUAGGUCAAUUGAAGACUCUAGAUUGCCCGUAGGUGUGAAUGUGAGGCCGGAUGGUUGCUUGUUUCUAUGUUCCCUGCGAUUGGCUGGCAAGCGGUUCAUGGUGUAGCCCGCCUCCUCUCCGAAGGUGGCUGGGUUAGGCUCCAACAGCCCGCGACCCGCGUGAGGAUAAGAGGCUCAGAAAGUGGAUGAACCAAACUGUACUAGAGUUGAGUUGCUUUGAGUGGUCCGGUUGUUUGGUUUGUACCAGGGUACGGAUCACAGCAUUUAGACUUGACUAAAUGAAAUGUGCUGGCAGAGCAAUUGCGCCAGAGUUCAAUGUAACUGGACCCAACUUGAACUGUGGAAAUGCAGCUUUAGUAUCCUAUCUCAGAUAGAGGUAGACCGCAGUGAUGUGGUCCCCUGUAGCGGACCAAGAACUGAGCCAAAAAGGCCAAACUCUCUUUACUGCAUGUUCCAAGCCUCACUUAUGGCCACCAGCUUGGAGUAGUGACUAAAAAGACGAGAUCACAAGUGGUAGAAAUAAGGUUCCGCCGCUAGGUCGGGAUUAGGGUCUCGGUUAUCUGGAUCAGGCAUUUAUUUGGGAUGCCGCUGGUCACUUCCCUGGGAAGGUAUUCCGGGGCACGUUCAACCAGGAGGAGCCCAAGUACAAGCUCACAAGUGAAUACAAAGGUUCCUCUGUAGGGUUAGGGUCAGGUUUAGUCAUCCAGGUGGAAUGAGCCAGUUGGUUUAGAUCAGACAUUUUGUAUGCCACUUGAUGAGGUGUUCUGGGAUCCCUCCAAUUGGGAGGAGACCUCGGGACAGACCAAAGACAAGAUCGCAAGAGACUGCAAAGAUGUUCCUCCAGAGUGUUAGGACCUCAGUCAUGUGGAUCAGACUUGAUUGGAAAUGCUUCCAAGUCGCCUCACUAGUGAGGCGUUCUGGGGCAUACCCAGCUGGGAGGAGACCUCAAGGCAGACCUAGGACAUGAGAAGGGAAAUUCUGUCUCUCAGCCAGACCGGAAACACCUCAGGAGGGUGCUCAGACCGCUCCCAUCACCAUAACUUAAGUAGGAAUAUUUAAGAAGGUGAUCCUGCCUACACACACACACACACACACACACGACACAUCAGAACGUUCACUUCGGAACCGGAAACUAGACUGCUUGCUGGAAAGCUGUCAGGGUUUGGCGUUGUCCUCCCCCAGAGCUGCAGACCACACUUGCGUUCAUAUUCAUGUACGUGGCGCAUCCUCCUCCACGAGGUCCACCUUAACCCGUUCCCAUGUCAACCGCAGCGGAGCCAGUUGCACGGCAACCAGCCGCCAGUAGAGGCCUGGAGGAAGGAAGACGAAGUCAGAGGCGUGCAGCCGAUUCUCAGGGUGUCAUCGUAGUCCGUUAGCAAGCGUUUUUAGCGCGUGUCCUCCCGACCUAGCCCAAAGACCAUUCCGCCCUUUUUCUCCGAACCGGCCGUGAAUUGAUAGCAUCGAUUCUCCGCAGAGAGACGCUACUAACUUAAUGUUUACAACCCAAAACGAGACCAACAACGCUGUGGAAAGAAUGUCAAGCGACAGAGCGAGCGGACGCUUCUUUGUCGACCGACCGUGAACUUUUGCGCUUACUUUGUCUGUGACGUGAGCUCGUGUACUUCUUGUGUUCAAAUCGUUGCAUGUGACUGUGAGGGUGUGCAAUGGAACUGGGGGGGGCUGGACGACGAUGAUGAUGAUGAUGAUGAUGAUGAUGAAGGUACCCUUUCUUUGUGACGUCCGUCCGGCGACCGUUCGCGGACCAAUGAAUGCUAAUGUGUGACCAUGCAAAGCUGUCAAGUUUUGUUGAUUUGUACAUGGUCCAAUAAACCGUUGAAGCAAAGUCG